AUGGUUCCACCUCAUUCUUCUGCAACGGCAGUUAAAGGUGGUCCAAAUAAUGAUACUCUAUUUUUAUUCGGAGGAUUUACAGUUGAUCAAACGAUGGCAUUGGUUUAUACAUUUGAUUCACGAAGUAUUAUAUGGAGUAUUCCAAAAAUAGCUGGAGUUACAUUUAGAAAAUGGGAUUUAACAAGCAUUAUUAAUAAAGACGGAAGGAUGUAUUUAUGGAGUGGGGAAACAAAUACUGAUUAUGAUUAUGCUAUUACUUAUAAUGCUAAUACUUUGAAUAUUGAUAAAGGAACUGGUUUAAUAUUAAGUGAGUAUGAUAUAAUUAAUGACAAUUGGGAUACAAAAGCAACAUCAGGAAAAAUUCCUUCUAAUAGAGCUGGUUUUUCUGCUAUUCUUGAUACCACACUUUACGUAUUAGAUUUAGCUAAUUAUAAUUGGUACAUUCCAAAAAUUUCUGGAAAAAUCCUGAAGCCUAGGGUUUUUCAUAAAGCAAAUGAUAUAGUUAUGAUAAAACAGUUGAAAGUCGGUGAUAUAUUAUUGCUUGAUAUUAGUAAUAAUGAAGAAUAUAUAUGGACAACAAUAUUUGAUCCAAAAAUGCCAUCACCACCACCAUCAACACUACCACCAUUACCACUACCUUCGCCACCACCUUCGCCUUCACUAUCUUCUUCAUCACCACCAAAUAAUUCAGGUAAUAUAGCUGGUAUAGUUGUGGGAUCUUUAUUGAGUGGUAUUUUAUUAACAGUUGGAAGUUUCUUGAUAUAUAAAUGGAAUAAAAAUAAACUAAAAACUAUUCAUAAAAAUGAUAAAAAUAAUGAUUACAGUCAAGAAGAAAAGGAGCUUCCUAUCCAAGAAACUAUUCAAAUUGAUCAAAUACCUAGAAAUGAAAGUACGUCCAAUUAUGAACCAAUAAUAAUUCCACCUCCAAUAAUUAAUAAGAAUAACUAUCGUAAGCAAGAAAUUAUUCUAACACCCGAAAAUGAAAAUACAACCAACCAUGAACCAAUAAUAAUUCCAGCCAAUGAUCAUCAUGGGCAAGAAAUUAUGCAAACGCUCCAAAAUGAAAAUAAUAAUGAUCACGAACCAACAAUUCCAGCUCCUGCAGUAGUUAAUACUAAUAGUUAUAAUAAUAAUAGGGCAUCAUCACAAAUUUUUAAAGAUGAAAUUCUUCAAGCUGUUAAAAAUGAAAUUGGCCAAAAUUUGAAAAAUGAAUUCCUUCAAGCUGUUAAAAAUGAAAUUGGCCAAAAUUUAAAAAAUGAACUUCUUCAAGCUGUUAGAGAGGAUAAUCUUAACAUCACAAGAAACAAUACAAAACAAGAUUAA